GGCUGGGACAGAAAAAGAUUUUAUUAAAUCCCAGAAGAAAGCAAAGACAAGCAGAGAAGGGGGGGCAGGAGAGAGGGGGGAUUAAGUCGGGUUAGAGAGGAUUAGUGUCCAUGUUGGUUUGGUUGUAGAAUCACAUCCCUGUCAGUCACCACUGGCUGCUGCUGAGUUCACACACUGAGACAUCAAACUGGACCAGAGGAAGAGGAGGACGAAGAGGAGUGGAAUAAGUCUUUUUUCCUCUGUGGCGAGUCUGGACAGUCACCAUGAGACAAGCCAUGGAGGAUGGUUUAAGUGAAGUGCUGUCCAGUGUGAUGGAGGACGUCGGUCUCGCUGUCCGCAGAAACAUUAGCGGCGCUCAGCUCCUGCAGGAACUGCUGAGUGCACCGUGGCUGCGCGCUCUGCUGAAGAUGCACGAGCGCCUGUUGCAGUUCCAGAGGUUGACACCCAGCCCCUUUCUGCCUUAUGCCUCAGGACUCUCACAUGAGAUCAUGGCUGCAGUACAGAAGGUCCACCGUCCCUCGGCUGAAGCUCGAGAGCUCCACAGCCUCCUCAGCUCGCCGCACGUCCAGGCCCUCCUGUCAGCCCACGACAGCGUAGCCCGGUCAGACUACGGACCUGUUUUACCCCCUCUGCCCGAUGAGUUGCCUGAGGACGAGGAGGCCAUGAGGAUCAUUUGUCUGGUGAAGAACAACCAGCCGCUGAAUGGAGAAGAGCGCAGAGGAAUUGUAGGAGACGGAGUAGGAGUGAUUCGCAGUCGCUGGAGCAGCCUUCAUCGCCUCACGUUGGAGCGUCUCGUCCCUGUGAGGAGGGCGUGGUCGGGGGAGGAGCUUAGAGCAACUGAAAGUGAAGCCAGGCCUUUGCCCCUCCCCAGGGGAGCACAGUCUCGUCCCUUCCUCCCCCGCUAUGAGUCAACAGGAAGCUGCUGUUUGUGUCCGCAAACUGCAGAGCUUUGGAAGAAAGGGCUCAACCAAUCAGCUCCCUCUGUCUUUAGUCCCGCCCCCUGCACUGGUUCAUUUUCAGAGAAACCUAAACACAACGAGAGAGAAGGUGCCUCUACUGGAGGGAGCAGUGAUGACUACGCCUACCCUCCUCCUCCAGUCCCAGCUUACAGUCUCAGCCUUCCCAACUCCCCCGUCCUAUACAAAAAGAGGGCUACAGGGGGACACUCAAGGAACAUCCCUACACCCGGCAGAACCCCCACUUGUACUGGGAUGAACCCUCUUAGAGCCCACACAGCACCUUCUAGUCCAGCGGCUCAUCCCUCCACUCGGCAGCAGGGGGUUAGCACUCUCCCCACCCCUGGCAGGCAACGUGGGUGUCAAACUGGAUCUCAUAACAAACGCCAAGAAGAGCCUCUAAAUCAUCCCUUGAUGGUCCAGUACUCUGCUGCUCCUCGUCACAAUGGAUGCCAGAACCAACCAAAACAGACAAGAAAAGAGCAGCAACAACAAAAACUCCGUCAACAUCCUCAGCCUCCUGAGUUCACCAAACAAUGCAGCGUGGAGGAGCUCAGGUCCACUGUUCAGACGGUGGCCAGCAGUAUUGAGCAUGGCACUCAGGACAUUCGCCAUCUUGGCCAGAAGAUGACGGCAGCGACAGAUAUGAUCACAGAUAGCGUGGAAGAGAACGCCCAGGCGCUCAACCUGCUGGCUGAGGUGGUUGACAAGCUCCAGGGGCUCAUUGUGGCCAGCAAACACCCCGAGUUGUCACCUCCACGCAGGCCGAAACAGCGCCUUCCUCCCCCUCCUCCUCCAAGGGUCUCCUCAAUGUCUCCCAAAGUGGUCCGCAAACCUCCCACACCCUACCCACGCCGCCUCUCGUUUUCCUCUUCUUCUUGCUCCUCAUCCUCUUCGUCCACAUCUGUCAGUUCCUGUGUGGAUGGUUUUGCAACAUCUAGGAGUCCAAAACGAAUGAACGGAGGCUCCAAAAGGACGGUUGUGACCUUUGGUGCCACCCACAGGGCAAGUGGUAGUAUUGGACAGGGGGCGACUAUAAGGAGGGACGAGGAGACGGGAGAGAUCUACAUCGCCAGGGUGAUUCAUGGAGGACUGGCCGACCGCAGCGGACUCCUCCAUCCUGGUGAUCUGUUAGUGGAGGUGAACGGAAAUCCUGUGGUGGGUCUGGAGCCAGAACAGGUCAUCCAGAUACUGAUCAAUUCCCGGGGAACUAUCCUGUUUAAAGUCAUUCCAAAUGCAGCUCAGAGCAGCAGCAGCCAGACGUCGGUGUAUAUGAAGGCGAUGGUGGACUACUGCCCCCUGCAGGACUCCUCCAUCCCCUGUCCGAAUGCAGGAAUGGCAUUCAGCAGAGGAGACCUGCUGGAGGUGGUCGACCAGUCGGACGGACAGUGGUGGCAGGCCAGGAAGCUGCCCUGUACUGUGUCCUGCGCGGGUCUGAUUCCCUCUGCCAGCAUGCUGAAGAGUAAACAGAGGGAACAGUGGUGGUGUCAGCCAUUACAGGUGCAUACCUGCAUCAGACCCUUGACCCUGGCUGAAAACGAGGACGAUCGAACUGAUGACAAACGCACCGUGACAGAGCUGGAAGAAACACAGUUUGGUGAGGCUGACUCUGAUGUUACUGAUGGAAUCUACCUGGCUGGUUUCCGUCGGAGUUUCCGUCUCUGGAGGAGGACGUCCUACAGGAGGAGGCGGCAGUCCUGCACGUCCUGCUCACCCAACAGCAGCGCUCUGUCCACGCCCUACGAGGAAGUGGCUUUGUACCAGCGCCCCCCGCAGGAGAACCACCGCCUCAUCAUCCUCGUCGGAGCUUCAGGAGUUGGAGUUAACGAACUGAGGAAAAGACUCAUCAAACUGAACCCUUCCACCUUCCAGGGACCCGUACCUCACACCACUCGGCCAAUCAGAGCAGGGGAGCAGACGGGAAGAGAGUACCACUUUGUCACCAAAGAGCUGUUUGAGUACAUGGUCUGCAACCACAGGUUCGUGGAGUACGGGGAGUCUAAGGGACACCUGUAUGGGACCAGCACUGAUGCUAUUGAUGAGGUGCUAAAACGAGGACGGAUGUGCAUCAUCGAUGUUGAACCACAUAGCGUCCAGCCGCUGCGGACGAGGAAACUGAAGCCCUACGUGAUCUUCAUCAAAGCUCCCAGCCCAGACAGACUGCGACAAACUCGGAGAGACGCCCGAAUCAUCACCAACUACACCGUCAACAGGGCGUUCACAGAGGAUGACUUUGUGGAGCUGGAGGAGGCGUCCCGGGUGAUGGAGGCGAAGUACAAACAGCUUUUCGACUGCGUGCUGGUGAACGACGACCUGCAGGACGCCUGCAUGCAGCUCUGCUCCGUCAUCCAGGAGGCUCAGGACGAACCACAGUGGAUACCGGUCAGCUGGAGCCGGACGCAGGAGUAACGCAGGCGAGACGGAAGAAGACAAAAUGACGAGAUGAGGACAGAGAGAUUAGGAUGGGAAAGAACGCGAGAAUAAGGAGAGGAAAAAGAAGUGUUGGAUAAAAGAAUAUAAAGAACUGGUGAAAGUAACAGACAGAGGACAGAGACGGGCGGGAGAUGGAGGAGGAAAUGGGAGAAAGAGAAAAGACCUUUGUAUGGAGACAAAUGAGAGGAGAGGGAACAACGUUAUGACAUGAUGGAGAGGAGCAGACGGUAAAAAUACAGUUUUUCCUGUUUGUCUGCAGUUUUAGCUGUACGAGUAUUUUUUCUGAGGAAGCAAAGAAGCAUGUUUUUCAGAGCUGAAUGACAAAGAAGGCAGGAAAGUAUGAAGACCUCUAAAUUCUGUUUUUAUUCGUUCUCGGUGUCGGCAGGAUAUCAGGCUCAGUAUUAGUGCCGACCAACCAGCUUCAGCACCAAAACCAACACCGAGACUGAAACUGAUCGCACGUUAACUCGUGUCUUCUGUUGAAAGCUGCACUUUAAAGUUAGAAUCCUUCAGAUUUUCAUGUAAUCAAACCUUGUUUAGACGCAACUCACGGUUGACCUUUUUUCAGGAAUUCAGUGUAUUCAGAUUUUUAAUUAGCUCUCUAUAGAUGAAUUGUAGGUGGAAGUAGACCAGUUACUGCUCCUAUAACCCUGUGCUGUAUGCAAAGGAUUCUUGAAGCGAAAUCUGUCCAGAGGAUCCUGUGGAGCUGCUUACAUGUUGGAAAUAUCAUCAGUGCCGUUAAAAUACAGCGAAUAAUUCAUAAACAGUGAAUCUUUAGUCGAGUUCUGUGCUGUUAACUUUGGACAAAAACUCCAGAUUCAGCUGAUAAUUCUGUAGGUUCAUCACCACCGGAGACACCUCGCAUGUUGUCAUUUCAUACAUCUUUAUAAAAAUAUCCAUUAUAGCUGCUUUAAGUGCAGUACUUGUCACUUUCCACCUCUCUGCUCUCAGACUCCACCACAUUAGACACCUUCUCAGUCAGCAGGCUUCUGAAGACUUCCCCAGUGAUCAUCACAGACUGGCUGCAUCACGUUUGUUUUAUCCUGGACGAAAGUGAACAUGUACAUAUGUGUGCUAAUUAAAGAUCAAGAAAAAUCA